AAUUUACAGAGCAAACUGAAUCCGGACAUCUAUUAUGGCGGAGAUCCAUACAACUAAGAGAUUGGGCGGCCCAGUAACUUGUUACCCAGUCCGACUGAGGCCAGGGGAGGAAAUCAAAAGUGAGCUGCUGAAACUGGUACAAGAACAUGGUCUACAGGGGGCGUUUGUAAUGUCGUGUGUGGGAAGCGUGACAAAGGCAAAACUGAGGAUGUCAGAUAGCACCACAGUGAAGAAGUUUGAGGGUCACUUUGAGAUCGUGUCGCUGGUAGGUACACUGUCUGCAGGAGGCCACCUCCACAUCAGCCUCAGUGACGUCGACGGGCGUGUAUUCGGUGGUCACGUGAUCGGUGAUCUGGUCGUGUUCACUACGGCGGAAGUUGUCAUUGGUAACGCAGGGGGCGUGGUUUUUACCAGGGAACCGGACACUCAAACAGGAUACAACGAACUUGUCACCAAUUCAAACCACGCAUGAUAAACAUACAGCUUCUUUUCUACAAACUGAACUACAAACUGAUAAACAUACAGCUUCUUUACUACAAACUUAGCAUUUCUUGCCAAGAGAAUAAUUAAAGUGCCUAUUCACCUGUAUAAUACAAUCAAAUGACGUUCGUAUAGUCAACGUAAGCAUGAUUAAACAUCGUAAAAACAAGAAGUACCUAUUGCCUCACUGUUUGAGAAUAUCCUUUAAUCUAUCACAAGAGUGUUGCUUAAAACUUGCAACAACCGGUUUAUCCGUUGUCAGUAUAAUGUGACCGUUUUGAAUAUUUUGCCGGGUGCUUUCGGCAUGGUAUGUCAGUGAGGUAGCGCUCUAAAGUCGGCAUUAUAAACCAACAUACCCUGUCCCCGGCACAUAUGCACACGUGCACGCAUGCAUAACACUCCUGACGGCACGUCCUUAAAUGGCAUCAGCUGUUAAUAUGACGUUAAACUCUAUACAACCAACUCGACCAACCAUCCAAUCAACGUAUCCCGGAUUACCAUCAGAGUCUGGACAUUUCCCUUCGACAGGUCUCGUGUCAUUGAGACUGCUACGGACGUAACCACGAGUACACACUAUUAUUGGGUAGCAUUUUUGUUUGACCAAAAGUUGAUAUAAACCCCUUCAACAUGUAAUAUUACUCCGAACACCUCAUUGUAGGUCCAAAUAUAGCUAUAACAAAUUAUCAGAUUCCUGUGGACUAGAUAAGGUUCGUCGGUGGUGACUGGUUAGCUCAGUAUGUUUAGAGCGUCCGUCUGGUGGUGUAAGGUCUCGGGUUAGAAUCUGGUCUCACCGUUACAUUUUCUGCUCCUGAUACAUCUAUAUAUGAUAAUUUAUCAACAUCAACAGGUUUACACGUUUUCAUUUUUUUUGCUUGUAACAAGCAUAAAGCUAAAGCUCGGUACAAGUGUCGUAAUUUUUUUAUGGAAAAGAAAAGAAUUAAAGAUAUUUGCAAAAGGUUAUGCAAAUACAGCAUUACAAGAAAUUCACUUUUUGAAGGUAAACGCACUGAACCACUUUAUUGCGCUAGAGGUUUUACACAAGUGCCUGAGGAUUCAUUACAAUAUCUAUGUUUGGCCUUCUCCCGGUGUACCGUCUAAUAUUAGACGUGAUAAAGGUUCAUAUUUCUGGUGGGUGUACAAAACAAGAGGCCCAUGGGCCUUAACGCUCACAUGAGUCAUACAGUAUUUAUUUUUGUUGU